AUGGUAGAUAGAGAUUUGAGGCUUAAAGGGAUGACCAGAGAUGCGUGCCUGCGGUCAAGGCACCACGUCUUGAGUCAACCGCGUCUUCGCUGGACCACACGCAGCAAACCUGCCUUCAAAAACUGCGGCGGCAGAUGGCUCAAUAUGGCGCUCCAAAGGAGAAGCUGGUUUAACAGUGACACAACCCCAAGCCCUAAGAUGGGCGCCAAGCCGAAGACAGUUUCUGAGAUUCUACAUAGGAAGUUGUGGGAGGAGUCGUAG